AUGGGGAUGACAGUUUUUGGACAGCAGUUGAUACGCCCUCAACAAUGUACGAUGGGUGUUCGAUCCCGCAGAAACAUCUCACACGCGGUCCUACACACUGAUUAUGAGAAAGUAGGGACUGUAACAGACUGCAUUAGGAGACGUCUACUGUGGGCGUCUGGUAUUGAGAAUCUUGGCUCUGCUACGCGCUUCUUAUGUACAGGUGACAAGGGGCAACAGACGAUAAUUUCAAACCAGUGA